AUUGCCAACCUCUGACCAUGUGCAAGCACAUGGUUUCCAAUUCCUUUCCCCUCAAUAAUGUUCCUCAACCCCCCCCUGAUCAAUCAUAAUGAGUGAUAAACACAUAAUCAAUCAAAGUAAUCGGAAUCACAAUCUUCUUCAAACCUCCCUUCUCCUCCUCCCUCCUGGAGCAUACUCGAGAUGGAAAUCGAGGAAACGAAGCUGACGAGAAUGACGCUCUUAUUCUCCGUCUUCUUCACCCUCCAUGCUGUCCUGUACUACGUAGACCCCAGCACCUGCUGGUUAGCCUUCUAUGCCUCGAUCCUGCCAGUUGCUGGCAUCUUGUUGGCCGCAGCCUUCCUCGUGAUUGCAGCACGAGCCACGCUGAUGACAUGGAUCGCCGUGCUCGUCCUGCUUGCCUUCUCAGGGAAACGCCGACGAGUUCUUGCCCUACAAGGUAGGAAGAUAACGGCUGAUGUUGCCAUGUACUUGGUCAAGUUUGUGUUUCAAGGAAAGGGCGGAGCAGCCGCUGUUGUCUGUGCAGCUUUCGUUAGCUUCCUUCUUGUAGCUUUCUGAUAAGAUCGAUGUUGUCUAUUCUACAACCUUUUGUUGGAUCUUGCCUCCAGGCAACAGAUUAAUUGACAGACGAAAGAAGAAGACAAACAGAACAUACAGAGUCAUGUUUCUUAGUUUCUUCUUCUUGUUCUUCGUUUUUGUUCAUAUCCUUCUCGGAUCUCGGUCUUUUGGUUGGUUCUCCAGUUCUGCACAGACAAUGCUAUGAUGAUGAUUGCUCCA